AGUUCCCGACGACGACAAGGCCAGGCCAAUCCAUAUCACGCAUCUGGGUCUAGGUUUUUUCCUGCUGCCUCGCGAUUACUGCGGCCUGCUUUAUCUAUUACUUCAAAGGGUCUCCUUCUCCCUUGCGGCUAUCUCGACGUUCUUCUUCGACCACCCCAUCUUCUUUCACCGAUCAACGACAACUGCCCCGCUCACCAUGAAUAUCCUGGAAUGGGCCUUUGGAAAGCGCAUGACGCCUGCGGAGCGUCUGCGCAAGAACCAGCGCAUGCUCGACAAGGCCAUUCGUGAACUCGACCAGACAAGAGUUAAGCUGGAGAAGCAAGAAAAGACCCUUAUCCAACAAAUCAAGACAAGCGCCAAGAAUGGACAAAUGGGAGCCUGCAAGAUCCAGGCCAAGGACCUGGUUCGCACGAGACGAUACGUAGAGAAGUUUUACAGCAUGCGCAGUCAACUACAAAAGAUUUCACUGCGCCUCCAGACAUACAGAACGAACGAAGAUAUGAUGCAAGCUAUGAAGGGUGCCACCAGGGCUCUGGGAAGCAUGAACAAGCAGAUGAACCUUCCCCAGCUCCAGCGAAUCGCCAUGGAAUUCGAGCGCGAAAACGACAUAAUGGAUCAACGAUCAGAGGUCAUGGAUGAUGUAUUCGACGACGCCAUGGAUGUAGGAGUUGAGGAAGAGGGUGACGAGGUAGUGGAGCAAGUUCUGGAAGAGAUUGGCGUGGACUUUAAUCAAGCACUUGGUGAAACUCCUACCGCAUUAGGAACCGCGGCUGUUCCUGAGGGCAAGAUCGCUCAGGCAGUUGGCGGAGGAGGCGGCGGUGGUGGUGGCGGUGACCCCGUCGAUGAUGACCUCCAAGCAAGACUGGACAGUCUGCGGAAAUAGAUGGGCGACAGGCGAUUAUUGGUGUUUUGUUUCAACAUGUCAACCCGAUCGUGUCAGGCGAAAUGCUCGUCUAUCAAUCAGUCGGACCACAGCAAGGCGACAGACUUGAUAAACAGCUUAUCUAUGGCCGUGGGAGAAAUUGGCGACUUCAUGGCGCUAUGUCUGCCGGGGUGCAUUGGUGUCUGGAGCACUGUAUUUUAAUUCCUAACUUUUCGACGUUUUUGGUGCUUUAUAGGAAACGAUAUUCGCCGUUGCGAAUUCUAU